AUGCGGCUCUUUUCACUAGCACACAUCGGCCUUCUCAUCCAAGCCUCGGCGGCAUUAAAGUGCAAAUGCGUUCCUGGAGACUCAUGCUGGCCUGCCGAAUCCGAGUGGGACACAUUGAAUAGCACCAUCUCGGGUCGUCUUAUCAAGACGGUACUGCCUGCCUCAGUCUGCUACAAGUCGGAUACCAACUACGACGAAACCCAAUGUGAAAUUGUUCAAGCCAACUGGGCCUUAAACGGCUUUCACUCAAACAAUCCCGCUAGUAUUCAUUCACCACAGUGGGCGAACAACAGCUGCAAUGCCAUCUACUCGAAUGGCACAAGCUUGACCGGCGAUACUUUAGCUGGAAGUCGGGGAUGUACAAUCGGUCGCUAUCCACCUUACGUGGUCAAUGCCACAGAAGCGUCGCAUGUCCAAGCAGCCGUUAGGUUCGUGCACAAACACAACAUUCGCCUCAACGUGAAGAAUACAGGUCAUAAUGGUGCAGGCAGUGUAUGGACGCAUCACCUUCGUGGCUUCAAACUCGACAAGAAAUGGGUCCCAACCUGUCGAGACUCCAAGCCCUGCAAGCAUUCGAAGCCCCAAAUGGCCGCGACUAUUGGUGCCGGAAUGCAAGAUAUUGAUCUUUUCGAUGCUGCAGCCACUGAGGGCGCAGCCGUAGUCGGUGGAACAAAUCAGAAUGUCGGCUUUAUGGGAUGGGCCACUGCUGGUGGUCACGGCUGGCUCACAAGCGAGUUUGGCCAAGGUGCCGACAAUAUCCUCGAGGCAUCAAUCGUGACCCCUUCGGGAGAUCUCGUGACGGCUAACGAACAUCAACACUCGGAUCUAUUCUGGGCUAUCCGAGGUGGUGGUGGAGGAACCUUCGGAGUUAUCGUUGAGGCGACGAUCCAGGCCUAUCCUAUGCCACAGGCAACUGUUUGGACGAUUGACGUGUCGACCAAAAAUACGAGUUGCACGGCCUGCUGGUACCGAUUCGUUGCCGAACUGCACGCAUACCUUCCCGAAUUGAAGAAAGGAGGCUUCCAAGGGAACUAUGUCCUGGGUGGACCGCCCUCCUAUGAGAACCUCACUUUCUAUGGGCUUUUCUUUCUGUACAACAAGCCGAACGGGACAGCAGAGAGACUAAUUCAGCCGUUCAUCUCGCACCUUGAGGCUGCAAAUGAGACGACAGAGUUUACCUCGAAUAUCAUAUGGGCGCCAUCUUGGAUCAGUGUGUACAAGAAGUUCCCUGACCUUGGGUCUUCAGCCGCUACUGGGGGCGGAGCAACGACGUCGAGACUGUUGUCCGCCAAGGCUCUUACCAAGGAUGUUGAUGCGCUGGCUCAAACUUUGGAAAUUAUCGGGCCUAGUGCCGAGGGGCCUCAAGUAUGGAAACCCUCACCCCCCCUUCUUUCUAAUGGCUUCUCCAACCCCAGCAUUUCAGGCAGCAUGGCGAUUAGCUCUGUCAAGGUUAACAGCGCGUUGAAUCCAGUAUGGCGAGAUACUGUUGUUCACAUGGCUGUCUCUAGCGGUUGGAAGGAUAAUAUGCCAUAUCAACAGGCCGAGCGUGCAGUUGAUGACAUGACCAAUGUCAAGGGAGCUGCCCUGCGCAGACUUGAACCUAAUGGUGGCGCCUAUAUGAACGAGGCGGAUCCCUAUGAGCCAGACUGGCAGAAAUCUUUCUUUGGCAAAAACUACAAGCGGCUUCGGUCUAUCAAAGAGAAGUAUGAUCCAGAUUCGCUACAAUGGUGUAUGCGCUGUGUGGGUAGUGAGUCAUGGUUUGAGCAACCCGAUGGAAAGCUCUGCAAAGCCGUUUGA